AUGUCAGAGGCCACCAAGAAAUUCCAUGUUCUCUAUAUUGGAGCAGGAAACAUCACUUUCGGCAAUGACAAUGUUCUUUGGAACCACUCGCUACGGAUCGAGACAUACCUGGGUGCACAACUCGAGGUCGUUGGAAUCGUCGAUCCUUCAGUGGAACGUGUCAAACAGGUCCUCCUUCAGAAGUCCGGGUCCGCAGCGGCGGCCUGCUACACGAAAACAAAGCACUUUAUGACCCUGAGAGAGGCCCAGGAGCAGUUGACUGACACAGCAACCCUGCCAGAUCUCAUUGUGUUAGCCACUCCUCCUCAUUUUCGAGGAACUACGCAGCCUGGUCGCGACCUGGAAGUCCAAGUCGUCUCUGCUUUCGGGCCCGCACCGGGGCUGUUCGUUGAAAAGCCGGUAUCAACGGCGCGACCCGUCCAAGUCUGGCCAGUCGCCAAAAUAGUUCAGCAGUCAGGUAACAAGAUUGCGGUCGGCUAUAUGCUUCGAUACCUCAAGGUCGUGCAGAAAGCGAUGUCUAUUAUACGCGAUAACAACAUAAAGGUUAUGGCUGUUAACGCUCGAUACAGCAUGGCUUACUCCAAAGUGCGAAAGACGGACUGGUGGGACAAGGCAAAACAGUGCGGACCUAUUGUUGAGCAAGCAACCCAUUUCUGCGAUCUCUGUCGAUAUCUUGGUGGAGAGGUUGAUCUCGAUACGGUCAGGGCUUGCGCGUUGGAACAUUAUGAGCCGGCUGGGAAGUUAUCGAGCAUGCUUGUGGACGAGUCCCAAAUACCUGUUGAGGAGCGCAUUCCUCGCGUAACAGCAGCAUUUUGGAAAUACCAAGGUGGUGCAGUGGGAUCACUUAUGCAUAUAGUCGCACUGCACGGUAUUCGAUACUCUAACGAGAUCGUCGUUGCCGGAGACGGCUUCCAGCUUCGUCUGGUUGAUCUCUACAGCACCCCAACACUUUACGUCAGGACCCCAGCCUCGGAGCAAGAAGAGUCGUUCACCUUUCUCAAUGACGAUCCGUUCUAUUCGGAGUUUGCAGGCCUGUUAGGGUCCCUCAGAGCUGUUCCUUGCCAGGAAGCUGCAAACGGUAUAGACAGCGCGAAACAGGGCGUCCCGACUGCCUCGGCUGAAAUCCUGUCCUCAUACGAAGAUGCAUGCAAGACCUACGAGUUUACAUGGAGGAUCCGAGACGAAAGUGAGAAGCUAAGCGCGGAGUUUCGCCAAAAUUGA